GGGCGCUGCCGUCCCCGCCGGGCUCCGGGAGCGGCCCGGCUCCUCAGCGGCUCCAUCCAACUCCAUGGGAAAGAGCCCAAAGUGGCCGAAAGCCGCUGGGAGGGUGGCAGCAGCUCUGGUUGCACCAUGGCCGAGCCAAAGUCUGUGUGUGUUUCGGUGGACGAGGUGGUCUCCAAUGGCACAGACCCCCAGGACAUUCGACUCAUGAAUGGACACUUAAAAAAAGUGGACAAUGCCCUGACAGAAGCUCACAGGUUCUCCUACCUGCCCCGCAGGCCAGCUGUGAACAUCGAGUUCAAAGAACUGUCCUACUCCAUCCAGGAAGGGCCGUGGUGGAGAAAGAAAGGUUAUAAGACCCUUUUGAAAGGAAUUUCAGGGAAGUUCAGCAGUGGAGAACUCGUUGCAAUUAUGGGACCUUCGGGAGCUGGGAAGUCAACGCUUAUGAAUAUUCUGGCAGGAUACAGAGAGACGGGGAUGAAAGGAGAAAUCCUCAUCAACGGGCAGCCCCGCGACCUGCGCUCCUUCCGCAAAGUCUCCUGCUACAUCAUGCAGGAUGACAUGCUCCUCCCUCACCUCACUGUCCAGGAAGCUAUGAUGGUAUCUGCUCAUCUGAAACUUCAAGAGAAGGAUGAAGGGAGGAGAGAAAUGGUGAAGGAAAUCCUGACAGCCCUGGGUUUGCUGACGUGUGCCAACACGAGGACUGGGAGUCUUUCUGGAGGCCAGAGGAAGCGUCUUGCCAUUGCUUUGGAGCUGGUGAACAACCCUCCUGUCAUGUUCUUCGAUGAACCAACCAGUGGCUUGGACAGUGCAUCAUGUUUCCAGGUGGUCUCUCUGAUGAAGGCUUUGGCCCAGGGUGGCAGGUCCAUCAUCUGCACCAUUCACCAGCCCAGUGCAAAGCUGUUUGAGCUCUUUGACCAGCUCUAUGUUCUAAGUCAAGGUCAGUGCAUUUACCGUGGGAAGGUAACAAACCUCGUCCCUUACCUGAGAGAUUUGGGGUUGAAUUGUCCAACCUACCACAACCCAGCAGAUUUUGUUAUGGAAGUGGCCUCUGGUGAGUACGGGGACCAGAACAGCCGCCUGGUCAGGGCUGUGAGGGAGAGGAUUUGUGACACAGACUACAAGAGAGACGUGGCUGGGGAGCACGAGCUGAACCCCUUCCUCUGGCACCGGCCCUCUGAAGAGGACUCCUCCUCCACAGAAGGCUGCCACAGCUUCUCUGCCAGCUGCCUAACCCAGUUCUGCAUCCUCUUCAAAAGAACUUUCCUCACCAUCAUGAGGGACUCGGUCCUGACACACUUGAGGAUCACCUCACACAUUGGCAUUGGGCUGCUCAUUGGAUUGCUCUACUUGGGCAUUGGCAAUGAAGCCAAGAAAGUCCUCAGCAACUCGGGAUUCCUCUUUUUUUCCAUGUUGUUCCUCAUGUUUGCUGCGCUCAUGCCGACUGUCCUCACCUUUCCCCUCGAGAUGGGAGUGUUUCUCAGAGAGCAUCUGAACUACUGGUACAGCCUGAAAGCCUAUUACCUCGCCAAAACCAUGGCUGAUGUUCCUUUUCAGAUCAUGUUCCCUGUGGCUUACUGCAGCAUCGUGUACUGGAUGACUUCCCAGCCCUCCGACGCGCUCCGCUUCGUCCUCUUCGCAGCCCUGGGCACCAUGACAUCCCUGGUGGCUCAGUCCCUGGGCCUGCUCAUAGGUGCAGCCUCCACAUCCCUCCAGGUGGCAACUUUUGUGGGCCCAGUUACUGCCAUCCCAGUCCUUCUGUUCUCUGGGUUUUUUGUCAGCUUUGAUACCAUCCCAACAUACCUCCAAUGGAUGUCCUACAUUUCCUAUGUCAGGUACUGCUGGGGAGGCCUUCACCCUCCCAUCUGGAAAUGCUGCUUGUUUGCCUUUGCUUGGAUUCCACACCCUGAUCCAAGCUGGACACUCUGCUCUGCCCCGGAGGCCUCAGCAAUCCCUGGAUCAGGAGGGAGGGGGAUCCAAGGAAUCUCUUGA